CCCAUGGGUUCGGAUCCUCGGGUCAGAGUCUACGUGGAAGAUUCUAAAGAGGCGACGUGUUCUCUGUUUCGGACAUUAAAGCUCUGUUGCUUGUCCGUCUCCAUCGCCACCGGACUCUCUUCUCCUAAAGUAGAAAAAAAAUAUUUUGUUUGCUCAUCUCUGCGUCGAAUUGAAUCGCUUUUAUCUCCAAAAAAAAAUGAGGACGAUCGUUUCGCGUUUGAUCCGUCACAAAUCGUCAAUUCCACAGUCACGGUUCGUUUCUGCAUCAUCAAGUGGCGGUGGGAGGUAUCUCUCGACAGACUCCAACAAAAUCGAUGAGCCAUUCAAUGUUGAAGAAGCAGAGACUGUUCAUGUCCCUCCACCUCCAACUGAAAAGCUGCUUGUCCUUGGUGGAAAUGGGUUUGUGGGAUCACACGUCUGUAAAGAAGCUUUAGAUCGUGGCUUAUCUGUCUCUAGCCUUAGCAGAUCAGGUAGGUCGUCUUUACAAGAGUCAUGGGCUUCCAGAGUUACAUGGCAUCAAGGAAACCUUCUAUCAUCUGAUUUGUUGAAAGAUGCUCUUGAUGGAGUCACUUCUGUGAUCUCUUGUGUUGGUGGUUUUGGUUCAAACUCGUAUAUGUAUAAGAUUAACGGGACUGCAAACAUCAACGCAAUAAGAGCUGCCUCUGAGAAAGGUGUCAAAAGAUUUGUCUAUAUAUCCGCUGCUGAUUUCGGGCCAGCCAAGUACUUGUUGAGCGGUUACUAUGAGGGAAAGCGAGCUGCUGAGACCGAGCUGCUCACAAGAUUUGCUUAUGGAGGGAUAAUCUUGAGGCCUGGUUUUAUAUAUGGAACUCGCAGCGUUGGGAACGUGAAGAUCCCAUUGGGAGUCUUUGGUUCACCCAUGGAGAUGAUUCUUCAACAAGCAAAACCGCUGAACCAGCUCCCACUAGUCGGACCUUUGUUCACACCUCCGGUUAACGUUGAAUCCGUUGCCAAAGUUGCGGUUAGAGCGGCUACUGAUCCGGUGUUCCCUCCAGGAAUUGUUGAUGUUCAUGGAAUACAACGUUACAGCCAACAGAAAUCAAGAUAAGUCACCUUUUGAGUAUGCCCUCUGUCGUUUUGUAGAGUUUGGCCUGCUAUAUACUCUGUUCAGUUUCAAUGGUGGGAACAUUUAUGUUCCCCUCUCCCACAAAUAAAUAAAGACAGACAUACUUUUUUUUAUUGAUUACUGUGCAUCCCUAAGAGAGCAAGCUACUUUGUAUUAGCUCUCCAAAACUUUUUUUCCUAUAAUCACAUUUUUAUACACAA